CGUGCUCCGCCGUCACUGCCCUUGGCCCUGGCCAUGGCCCGUCUGAUGCUCUUACUCAGUCUGGGCCUGCUGGCCAGCCUGCUACCAGUACUGGCUGCCUGUCCCCAGAACUGCCACUGCCAUGGUGACCUGCAGCACGUCAUCUGUGACAAGGUGGGACUGCAGAAGAUUCCCAAGGUGUCAGAGAAGACCAAGUUGCUCAACCUCCAGCGCAACAAUUUCCCUGUGCUGGCUGCCAACUCUUUCCGGGCCAUGCCCAACCUUGUGUCGUUGCACCUGCAGCAUUGCCAGAUCCGCGAGGUGGCAGCUGGCGCCUUCCGUGGCCUCAAGCAGCUCAUCUAUCUGUACCUCUCCCACAAUGACAUCCGGGUGCUGCGCGCUGGCGCCUUUGAUGACCUGACCGAACUCACCUACCUCUACUUGGACCACAACAAGGUGACGGAGCUGCCCCGGGGGCUGCUUUCCCCACUGGUCAACCUCUUCAUCUUGCAGCUCAACAACAACAAGAUCCGGGAGCUGCGGCCCGGCGCCUUCCAGGGUGCCAAAGACCUGCGCUGGCUCUACCUGUCUGAAAAUGCACUCAGUUCUCUUCAGCCUGGUGCACUGGACGAUGUGGAGAACCUGGCCAAGUUCCACCUGGACAGGAACCAGCUAUCUAGCUACCCGUCUGCUGCUCUGAGCAAGCUGAGGGUGGUGGAGGAGCUGAAGCUGUCGCAUAACCCCCUGAAGAGCAUCCCAGACCAUGCCUUCCAGUCCUCCGGUAGAUACCUGGAGACCCUCUGGUUGGACCACACCAGCUUGGAGAAGAUCUCAGAUGGUGCUUUCCUGGGUGUGACCACACUGAAACAUGUCCACUUGGAGAACAACCGCUUGAACCAACUGCCCUCCAACUUUCCCUUUGACAACCUGGAGACACUCAGCCUCACCAACAAUCCCUGGAAGUGCACCUGCCAGCUCCGGGGCCUGCGACGGUGGCUGGAAGCUAAGGCUUCUCGCCCUGAUGCCACCUGCUCCUCGCCUGCCAAGUUCAAGGGCCAGCACAUCCGUGACACGGAUGCCUUCCGUAGCUGCAAGUCCCCCACGAAGAGGUCCAAGAAAGCUGGCCGCCAUUAAACAGGUGCAGGUGGGUGCCAAGUGGGCAGAUCUUGCAUUCCCUUCAAAAAGUAAGAUGCUGUCUCCCAGAAUAUACUCUCCCCAUGGAAGGGCAGACAGACCCUCCAUUUUUUUUUCUUCUUUUAGGACAAAGAAAGGAGGACUGGGGCCUCCCUCAAAAGGACGGGAGAUUACCCAGGACUCCCACCAUUGGCUAGGUCAUGGGAUUCCUGACACCAGUCCUUGCCUCACUGCAGGUCCUGACCCAGCUGGUCCUGGUGACUGGCCUCUGCCUUCUGCCGGAGAGAGACUACUGACCUUCUUGCCUCCCCCACAGUCCCUGCGCAUGCACAGAACUGCCCACACCUAGAUGCGUCCUGGUGGUGGGUCUCGGGCAUUCUGCUACCAACUCAGCCCCACCUGAUAGUGUCCGGGGAAAGACAGAAACCCUCAAUGAGCCACCUCAUGCCUGGCUCUUCUGCCAGCCCCCUCCCAGACCACCUGAGUUUAUCAGAAACAAAACAGGGUG